AGCGCGUGUCGGCGGCACAAGGCUUCACAGAGGUAGCUGCGCGCGGCGCCUCGGCACGGUUUGAACGCACUCUGGUUCUUGGAUGACAGCUCGGGCGAUAACGAGCGGAGCAGUUCAGGCGGAUCUUUGAUGAACCGAAGUGGCGCAGUGUGAUUUUUGUUGUUGUUUUGAUCCCUUCGCUGCGCUUCCAAGGAGGAUUUACUUCUUCACGUUGCUAUUAUUAUUAUUAUUAUUUUUACUUUACGAACCUGCCGCGAUCCACGAUGCCAGCUGACACUAUGGAAAAGCAGACGGCAUCUCCCAUCGCUGGAGCUCCUGCCAACGGAUCGCACACACCGGACAAGCCAAAAAAUGCCAGCGAGCACAGAAAAUCAUCUAAACCCAUUAUGGAAAAACGUCGGAGGGCGAGAAUAAACGAAAGUCUGUCGCAGCUCAAAACCCUCAUUCUGGACGCGCUUAAGAAAGAUAGCUCCAGACACUCCAAGUUGGAAAAGGCAGACAUCCUGGAGAUGACGGUGAAACACUUGAGGAACCUGCAGCGCAUGCAGAUGAGCGCUGCGCUCUCGGCAGACGCGACAGUGAUGAGCAAAUACAGAGCCGGAUUCAACGAGUGCAUGAACGAGGUCACGCGCUUCCUGUCCACCUCGGAGGGCGUGAACGCCGAGGUGAGGUCGCGGCUCCUCGGCCACCUGUCCGGCUGCAUGGGCCAGAUGAUGUCCGUGAACUACCCGCAGCAGGCUCCGUCCCAGCCGACGCACCUGGCCCAGCCCCUCCACGUCCAGCUCCCGUCCACGCUGCCCAUCGGCUCCAAGCUCAGUCCGGCCGAGGCCGUCUCGCCUAAGGUGUUCGGGGGCUUCCAGCUGGUGCCCGCUACGGACGGACAGUUCGCCUUCCUCAUCCCCAGCCCGCCCUUCGCCUCCACCGCCGCCGCGCCCGUCAUCCCCCUCUUCUCCAACGCCGGGGUGCCCGUCGCGGUGAACGCCAGCCCGGUGCACGGCAGCUCGGCGCCGACCGCAGCCUCUCCGGUGCACGGGAUGACGUCCUUCUCGGGGGGCUCCCAGGCGGUCAGCCCCGUGGGGGUGAACGCUGGCGCGGAGAACAGCGAAGCGGUGUGGCGGCCCUGGUAGCUCCUAUAUGCGGGAGAGCCAGGGCGUCCCAGCUCUAACUUUGACCUGAAACUUUUACACACAACUGUUGCGGGGGUUUAUUCACCCUGCGACUUGUCCGCGCCAGGGUGGCAACUGCAAUGCACCCCCCACCCCCCCCUUCCCCCAGUUCUGAAUGUUUCGUUUUAUGGAACAGAUUUAGCUAAAAAUAAAAAAGAGAGAGGGGAAAAAAAAGAAAAACAGCGCAUGAGCUAUUUUUUUUCUUCUUUGAAUAAUUUAUUGUUAAUUCCAACAUUUGGAUGUCGGUGAUUAAAGGUUCCGACGGAAGAUUUAUAGGAGACCUUUGUUAUGAAGUACUUUUUAUGAAAAGGUUUUUAGUUUUGUACAGAGCUGUUAUUGAUUGUUAUACCAAAGCUGUCUUUUAUAUUCUGUUUUGUGUUCGAAAGAAGAAGAAGAAGAAGAAAAAAAAACGGAAGUUGGGUGGUAACCCAGGGUUUUAAUAAAUUAGAUUUUUAAAAUUCA